CGGAGCUGUAGAUCAAGAAACUUAGUGGUAUUCAACCUUUUUAACGAAAAGCAACACUUGAAUUGCAUUAUUUUGGAGAAAUACCUAACUAACAUGCUAAUUUAAGAAUGAUGCACUUCUAAACAAGGGAUUUGAAGAGGACUUCUUAAUAUUUUUUUUAAAUAGCUGGCUACCAAAUUUUUGGCAAAAUGUUUAAAGGUUCAACUUUGCCUUGCCAAAACUUAUGUUGGUUUAUUGUGAGGCAAAGCAGGAUUAAACAAUCAGGAAUUGCAUUAGUUUCAAGGACAAACUCGACAUUUACACCAAGGUGGCCUCGUAUUUCCUACACCCAGUCUGUGUAUGAGAAAAAUUCUGAUACUUGUUGUUGGUUACCGAAAAGUUACUACAGGCAUAACAAAAGGUGUUAUUCAACUGAAUUUUCUAUCGAGAAGGUAGAAGACUAUACCGAUCUUUCUACAAAUGCUGAUAUUAACAAGCUCGUGGAUGAGUUGAUUGAAAAUGCAAUUGAACGGGACAGAAUGAUAUCUGUAGUACCUAGAACUGAUAUACAUGAGCAGGUUGUCAAAUUAGUUGAAGCAGGAUUGCAUAAAUCGAAUAUCUUAAACCUCCAUAGGUAUCCUGAACUGAUGAAGAACUUGGCUCAGCUUACAGAUUUGAUAACUGUACUAUUACAAUACGGGGUUCCAAAAGAGAAUAUUUCCACUAUCUUAAAAACUUUUCCAAAUAUAGUUUACAAAACUGAAGAUGACGUCCUAACUACAAUUAAAAAGCUCUAUUCUUUAGGCUUUUCGUCGGAAUCUAUGAUUGAAAUGAUUUGUAAUUAUCCUGAUCUUCUGGACAACGACUUAUCUCUCGCCUCACAACGUAUUGAAGACUUAAAGACAUUAUUUAAAACAAAAGAUACUUAUAAGUUUUUAGAGCGUUCACCGCACCUUUUGUUCUGUGAUUUUGACCAUAUUCUUCAACGAUACAAUUAUGUUUAUGCAAUAAUGGGUAUUACCCAGCCACAAAUGCGGCACUCCAAAUUGUUUUCAUAUCCCCUUGAUCAUAUACAUGCUCGACAUAUGUUUGUGGAGCGGGCCGGAUUCUUCAAGAAGUUUGCAAAGAAAAAAGGACAGAUUGACACAAAUCCCACUUUAGAUACAAUCAUUGACACAACUGAUGCAGAGUUUGUGAAGAAAUUUGGAAAAAUGUCCGUGAAAGACUACCAUACUUUCAAGAAAUUGCUUUUAAAAGAUCGCAUAAUUGCGACAGAUUCAGAAGAUUCCUUUGAAGAUUGAAACAAAUGUGAAAGUAUGAGAAAAUCACAUGUAUUGCACUUGUCUAUUCUUAAAGCUAAAAAUAUUUAAAGAAUAAUUAUAUGUUUACAAAAAAAAAUUGGUUUCUCUUUAUACUUCAUAGAGCUAUAUUGUUUAUUCUAUUAAUGAAAUUUAUUUUGGGGAAAAUUUUCAUACAUGAUACAUGUAUAUGGAAUAAAGUCAGUAAAUAAGGUAAAAGAG